GCGCCAGCCCCGUCUGGAAACGACAACGAAACGCUGCCGGGCUUCGUGCCGGAAACGCUCUGGGCAGGCGACACAGUGCUCGCGCGGUACGGCCCAAACGGGCGGUUUUUCCGAGCGCGGGUGGUUCGAGUCUACAGUAGCCGGGGAAGCUCCUUGGCAGACGUGGAGUGGUUGAGACCACAG